AUGCUGCUGUGUUACCGUGUGAAAAUUGAGUUCUGGUCUUAUGAAAUCACAAUUUUAGUUGCUGAUGCUGGCGGUAAUCAUACACUUCCCGAAUCUUCCAUCGUUCUUAAUGCAAUGCUAAGGACGAUGGCAGCAUUAUACAUCGACGCAUCCUCACGUUCUUUGAAAUUUUCGUACGCGCAAGAUAAAACACCAGAUGGUUGUGCUCUUUUGUGUGACAACGAUGCUGUUCGGCAAGAGUAUUUUGAGCUCAGAUCUCAGCUAAAACCGGGAAAAACCUCACGAAGAGAACCAAAUCUCCUUCGAAGGAAAACCACUGGACAGUCCCAUUUUUAUAUGUUGGGUCGUGCAACUAAAGCAGUGGAGAUGACGCGAGGUGGCCGAGAGGGAAAUAAUGCGUUUUUGAACUUUGAGUCGCAGACUGAGUGGGAGUCAGGAAAAGAUCUCGUAAUGAAUGGAAUGAGUUAUAAAGAUUUAGUCAAGGUGUCUAAGGAACCAAAUGUCUCAUCUGCCGUCAAUCUUGAUGUGAACUUCAUAGACGGCAUGGUGGUCGUAGCCGCAAGGAUGGGUUCGCUGGAUGUGGCCAGUGCUUUUGCUGAAGGACCCGCAAGUUCAAAUGGCCACGAAAGAUCAAAAAAGCUGGCGCUUGGAUGUUUUAGUUCAAUCCUUCAAGUCGUAGGGAAGAUGGCAUCGGAUUUGCGUGGAUGCUGA